AGAAAGACCAGGAAGCUGUGAGGAGACGCUUUGCUGCCAUCACAUACUCAGACCCUCACCACUGGGACAAAGGGGACACAACUGUGUCCUGUCUGGGAAUAGCAUCAGGGAGGAGGACACCCCAGGUCUACCUGGCCGCAGCAGCACCUUCCCAGCCCCAGGUGAGAGGAGGGGAGAGGGGACGUGACUCUCUGUGCCAGCCAGCAUGCAGAGGAGUAUCCAGCAGUACAGACAGGACCACGAGGUUUACCUCCGCCUGGUUUCCCACGAGGCUGUGGGCAGCUUCAACCCCUGCGCCAUUGCAGACAGUCUGUCAGAGGAGCUUAUGUCCGAGGCCCUGGCUGACGUUGCACCAGAGCUCCAGGGCGUCUGUGAGGAGUAUGCAGAGGCUGUCUUCACCUCCGAGUUCCUUCAGCCAAUCACAUCCCCUCCUGCUUCAGUUCCAACAUUAGACAGCCAAUAGACCUCUUCCUCUUCGUGAACAUUGGGCGAGUUCGGUUUGCAUUGCCCGGUGUACUGCGUAGGUGGAUAUUUAAAUUCAGCACCAACAGAAUUGUCAACAAUGUGGUAACUCCACCCACCUGGGCCAUGUAGAACGAGCUUGCCUACUCUUCAGUGUUUAGCCAGCUAAGAUUUUAGUUUUGACUGGGUUAAUGUUUAUAUAUGUAUCUAUGUGUGUUAAAUACAGCGUGAUGCAUCGGUUUUACUAAAUACUAAAACGAUGAAAGAACUAUGUAAAACAAGUUCAUUUUGGGGGGAAAAACAUCAUGAUUGCAUUGAUGUGACAACAUUCAGAAUAGAUUCAGAAUAGAAUGGAACUAAAGCAAUGCAGAUUAUUCCUAAUUGGCAGGUUGUAACGGCAGCCUUCCUUCUCUUCAAGAGAAGAGGAGGUGUAGCAGGGAUCGGACC